UCUCUCUCAUCUAUCUUUCUCACUUUUCUAUAAAUAUAACCUUCAGCUCUCUCCAAUUCUUCAGACAAAACGAAACCCUUGGACUUUCUUUGUCUUAAUCCUCAAAACUUUCUGAAACCUUUCUAAAAGAAAACCACGAAGUUUAAGAUUUUGUUCUAUAAGCUUUAUCAAAACCCUUUAAAAGGGAUAAUUUCUUGCCCUAAGCUAGCUAUAUAUUUUCGUAUAGAAAGGACAAAUGGGAAGACCACCUUGUUGUGAAAAGACUGGAGUGAAGAAAGGGCCAUGGACACCAGAGGAAGACAUCAUCUUAGUUUCUUAUAUCCAAGAACAUGGUCCUGGAAACUGGAGAGCUGUCCCUACUAACACAGGUCUGAGAAGAUGUAGCAAGAGCUGCAGAUUAAGAUGGACUAAUUAUCUUCGACCCGGUAUUAAGCGUGGAAAUUUUACUGAGCAUGAAGAAAAGAUGAUUGUUCAUCUUCAAGCCCUUUUAGGCAACAGAUGGGCAGCCAUCGCAUCAUACCUUCCAGAAAGGACAGACAAUGAUAUAAAGAACUAUUGGAACACUCAUUUGAAGAAGAAACUCAAGAAGAUCAAUGAAUCUGGUGAAGAAGAUAAUGAUGGCUUCACUUCAUCACACACUAUUUCACAAAAGCAACAUCACAGCUCAAACAAAGGUCAAUGGGAGAGAAGACUUCAGACAGAUAUCAACAUGGCAAAGCAAGCUCUAUGUGAGGCUUUAUCUUUAGACAAAAAACCAUCAUCAAAAUUUUCUCCAUCAUCAUCAUUGUCAAUCAUACCACAAAACAUCCCUAGCUUCUCUUCUUCUUCCUCUACCACCACCACAAUCACCACUACUACUCAAUGCCUAUCAGGGGUAUAUGCGUCAAGUGCUGAGAAUAUCGCUCGGUUGCUUCAAGAUUUCAUGAAAGACACACCAAAAUCAUUAACUCUAACAUCCUCAUCAUCACCGGUUUCAGAGACCGGACCACUUGUUUCAGCAGCUACCGAAGAAGGCGGAGAAGGGUUUGAACAGUCUUUCUUUAGCUUCAAUUCCAUGGAAGAAACUCAUAAUUUGACUCAGGAGACAAGCUUCUUCCAUGACCAAGAGAGCAAACCGGUGAUAACAAUGGAGCAAGACCCUGGUUUGAUAUCGCAAGGAUCUUUAUCUUUGUUUGAGAAAUGGUUAUUUGAUGAGAAUAUGGUUGCCAUGUCGUUAGAAGGACAAGAAGCGAUGUGCUAGAACUAAAUCAAGUGGGAUAUUUCUAGAAUAUGAGAGUUAAUUAGUUAUAAGUAUUAACCUAUAAUAUGUAUGCUUAUAAUUGCAUUAGGGUUUUAGAGUCUUUAGGAGCUUUUAGCUCUACAACACUCUUUUCCCCUUUUGGUGAUAUAAUCUAUUUUUCUUUUUAAUUGUAUCUUCAGAACGUAACACAAAGGGUGUACGUGUACCCAUCUAAUUUAUUAAUGAAUGUGUUUUGUA